CCGCGGCAACGUUUGGACCUGUGAUAGUUUUGUGCUUGAAUCUCCGUAUCGAUUUUUUUUAUAAUAAAAACGUGAACUAAAGUGGUGUGCCAUCCCACUAGACCACCGAGGCAGUCAAAAUCAAUAAAUUUUAAAUUGUGUGAUAUCAAAAUGUCGGAAGACUCCCAAGUACGUGCUUUUUACUCUGGAAAGAAUUUCUUCAUCACCGGCGGCACCGGCUUCGUAGGAUUAUGUUUAAUUGAGAAAAUACUGCGGACUAUACCCGGUGCAGGCAAAUUAUACCUGCUUAUGAGGCCUAAGAAAGGCAAAGAUAUAUCUGAAAGACUGGAGGAGUUCCCAAAACAUCCGAUAUUCGAAAAACUCAUCGAAAAACAAACAACGGAUGUAUUCAAGAAAAUAAUACCAGUGUCAGGUGAUGUUGGGGAAGAGAACCUCGGACUCAGCCCUGAAGAUCGCCAGUUACUCAUCAAUAAUGUGAAUGUGGUGCUACAUUCGGCGGCCACUCUCGACUUCCAGGAGUCUUUGCGGCCGACGGUGAAAAUUAACCUGUUGGGAACAAGGAGAGUAAUGGAGUUGUCACGUCAAAUAAAAAAUUUAAAGGUAAUGAUUCAUGUUUCAUCAGCAUAUGUCAACUCGUACCUGACAGAGGCCCAUGAGAAAGUGUAUGAGGCACCUGAUGACCCCGAGAGGAUCAUAGCAUUGGUGGAAAGUAAGACUGAAGCUGAACUAUUGGAAAUGGAGCCAAAAGUUCUGAAGAGUCAUCCGAAUACAUACACAUUCACUAAACAUUUAGCUGAGCACGAAGUUGUGAAGUGUGCCGAUUUCUUUCCCUGCACCAUCGUCAGACCUACAAUGAUUGUUGCAUCUUGGAAAGAGCCCAUUCCUGGGUGGACCUGCUCCAAAGUGGGACCACAGGGAUUCUUAAUGGGAGCGAGCAAAGGCGUGGUGCGACGGUUGCCAUUGGCGACGAAGAACGUGGCCGAUUACAUACCGGUAGACGUGGUGGUCAAUCAGCUGCUGGUCGCGGGGUGGCACGCCGCUAAAUCCAAGUCCGGUCUGAGUGUGUACCAUUGUUCAUCAUCGACAUGCAAACCGUUCACGUGGUCCCUCAUAGAAUCCUCAAUCAACGAAUUACUUCACGCCUACCCACUCAAGAGUGCUGUAUGGUAUCCCCAUUUAAAAUUCGUGCCUUCACUCUUCCUGUUCCGCGUGUCGGCCAUUUUUAUCCACUUCUUCCCCGCUAUAUUACUGGACACGCUGCUUCGUGUAACUGGCGGCCGUGCCAUACUGUUCCGAUUAAAUAAAAACGUGUGGAAUUCCCUUAGUCGUUUGGAGAAAUUCAUAUUUUCCGAAUGGAAAUUCUACAACCCCAACACAUUGGACUUGUGCAAGCAAUUAAAUAAGACGGACAAGGACUUAUUCUUUAUAGAUAUUUCAACUUUGGUUUGGAAGGAUUAUUUUACAAACCUUCUGUUAGGUGUACGAAGAUAUUUGAAUAAUGAGAAAGAAACCAAUUUGCCAGCGGCCAGGAGCAAAGACAGUGUGUUAUUAGUGGUCCACAUAAUCUGGCAAGUUCUGAUCAUCGGCUCGCUGUGGUACGGUUUCGCGGGCCUCGUAGGCCUCACUAUGACCCAAAGCGCUUGGGUUGCACCCGCUAUAUACAUACUUUACAGUAUACUGUAAAAAACGUUUAAUAGAUUGAACAGAUAUAAAAUUUGUACAAAAUUAUCUGCGUAUAAAAAUAA